AUGCUACCCAAUGGAGAGUCCAAGCUGCACUUCGAUAGCAUCCAAGAUAGCAUCGGCGCAUUCAGAAACGGUGAUUUUAUUGUAGUCCUCGACUCAACCGAUCGCGAAAAUGAGGGGGACCUCAUAAUUGCCGCAGAGGACGUUACAACGGAGAAGAUGGCUUUCAUGAUUAAGCAUACGAGCGGCCUCAUCUGCGCCCCCAUACCUUCACAUCUCGCAAAGACACUCGAACUUCCCCAAAUGGUCCUCGAAAAUGCCGACCCCAACCGCACGGCCUACACGCUCUCCGUCGACGCUUCCGACUCCUCCAUAACCACCGGCAUAUCCGCACAUGACCGCGCCCUCACGUGUCGACAACUCGCUUCGCCGAACUCAGGUCCGACAAGCUUUCGGCGCCCGGGCCACGUCUUUCCGCUCCGCGCUCGCGACGGCGGUGUACGGGAGCGCAAGGGACACACAGAAGCCGCGGUCGAGUUCUGCCGGCUUGCGGGCAAGAGACCUGCUGGUGUCAUAUGCGAACUGGUAGAAGAUGGGGAAGAGGUGGAAGGGCUGGCAGAGAGAAGGGAAGGGGGUAUGAUGAGAAGAGACGGGUGUUUGAAGUUUGGAAAGAGGUGGGGGCUGAAGGUGUGUACGAUUGAAGAUCUGGUGGAUUACGUGGACAAGGAAAAUAGAAGGAUAGACAUGAACGGCAGAGCUUGA